AUGUGCAAUAAUGAAGCCUCCAGUUUGGAUUCUAAAAAGAAAAACAUUGUACCUAUUUCUUCUCUCUCCUCUGAUGGUGCCAUCCUUGACAAGGAACUCAUUUUGCCUCAUGAAGGCACAGAGGCCGUGGAUCCAGGGGCUACAACAGAAGGGAAAGCAGUUUUCUGCUACAUGGAAGUGGAGAAACGAAGUCCUGUUGAGAGGCUGACUCCCAAGGGAGUUAGAGUCACUCAUAAGAUAAGUGACUCACAGCUGCGCAGCUACUCAAAGGACUGUUACUUCAAAUGGAAUGGCCCACCUUCGGGGUGGGAUGGCCCCGAGAGGGAUCUCGCCCUCUCUGUGAUUCAGGCGGUUCAAGACAGAGUCAUGGACCCAGGGUACGGAGGCCACCCUGGCCAGGCCCCCUACAUACUCACCUGGCAGUACCUUGUUAAGAAUGCCCCUCUCUGGCUAAAACCUUUUCUCUUUCCACCCACUCCCACAGCACCUACCCCCCCUCCCCCGGGGCUGCCACCCCCAGCAAUCCAAGCCAUCACCAAAUAUGACUUCAAAGCUACUGCAGACGAUGAGCUGAGCUUCAAGAGGGGGGACAUCCUCAAGGUUUUGAAUAAAGAAUGUGACCAGAACUGGUACAAGGCAGAGCUCAAUGGGAAAGACGGCUUCAUUCCCAAGAAUUACAUAGAAAUGAAACCACAUCCGUAGUUUUUUGGCAAAAUCCCCAGAGCCAAGGCAGAAGAAAUGCUUAGCAAACAGCGGCAUGAUGGGGCCUUUCUUAUCCGAGAGAGUGAGAGUGCUCCUGGGGAUUUCUCCCUCUCGGUCAGGUUUGGAAAUGAUGUGCAGCACUUCAAGGUGCUCUCAGAUGGAGCCCGAAAAUAUUUCCUCUGGGUGGUGAAGUUCAAUUCUUUGAAUGAGCUGGUAGAUUAUCACAGAUCUAUAUCCGUCUCCAGAAACCAGCAGAUAUUCCUCUGGGACAUAGAACAGGUGCCACAGCAGCCAAUGUAUGAUGGAGAGCUGGGAUUCCGUCGGGGAGACUUUAUCCACGUGAUGGAUAACUGGUGGAAAGGGGCUUGCCACGGGCAGACCGGCAUGUUUCCCCACAAUUACAUCACCCCCGUGAACCAGAAUGUCUAA